AUGGAGCCAAAAGUUUUAUCUAUUCAAUCAUGGGUAUGUCAUGGAUAUGUUGGUAAUAAAUGCGCAGUAUUUGCAUUACAACAUUUGGGAAUUGAAGUCGAUCCAAUUCUUAGUGUACAGUUUUCAAAUAAUACAGCAUAUUCAACUUGGAAAGGCGAAUCAUUAACACCACCAAAACUAAUGGAUUUAUUUCAAGGUUUAGAAGAGAAUCAUUUAACAGAUUCCUAUACUCAUGUGCUAACUGGUUAUAAUAACAAUUCUGAAACACUACAUACCGUAUUAAAUAUUAUUAAAAAACUCAAAACUCAAAAUCCAAAUUUAAUCUAUGUUUGCGAUCCAGUAUUGGGUGAUAAUAAUGCAUUAUAUGUACCAACCGAUUUAGUUUCAGUUUAUAAAAAUGAAGUCAUACCACACGCAGACUAUAUAUUCCCAAAUCAAACUGAAGUUGAAUUUUUAACAGGUAUUAAAAUUAAUAAUGAACAAGAUGCAUUAAAAGCGAUUGACCAAUUUCAUAAAAUGGGUGUUAAAAAUGUAGUUAUUACAAGUUUAUUUUUCGAUAGCAAUCCCAAUGAUAUCAUUGUAAUUGGAAGUAGUUUAAAAAAUAAAGAGGAUAUCAACCAAGGUUAUGAUCAAUUCAAAAUUACAGUUGGUCCCAAAUUCACAGAUUAUUACACCGGUACAGGCGAUUUAUUCAGUUCACUUUUAUUAGGUUGGAGCAUCAAAGAACCCUCAGACUUAUCAUUAGUAUGCGAAAAAGCAACAUCAAUUUUAUACAAUAUUAUCAAAGAAACCCAUAAAGCCAAACAAUCAAUACCCUCCAACAAAGGAAAAGAAUAUUACGAAUUAAGAUUAGUACAAUCAAGAAAGUUUAUCGAAAAUUCUGAAAUUUUAUUCAAAUCUCAAAAAUUAAAUUAA